UGAGAGAGAUCAUUUCCUCGUCUGAAACAUUUCAAAUAAGUAAUACAAAUAUACUCUAGCCUGAGAGAAUUUUCUAUGAGAAAAAAUCAUUGGAACCGUUGACCAUCCAAAGCUAUAUACAAGUUGGUAAGUGGCACUCCACCAAACAUUGUAUUCACCAGAUAGUAACUUCCCUAUAUCUUGCCUCCCUUUUCUUCUUCAAUCCGUUUGAUUUCUGGCCAUUGCCCCCAUAUCUACUCUCUCUCUCUCUCUCUCUCUCUCUCUCUCUCUCUCUCUCUCCCCAAUUCACUGAAGAUUAAUCUCGUAUGGCUUAAACAUUAGAUCAUGACAUGGGGGCAUUCGAAUAUGUAGUCGGAUUUUUUCUUUUCACGCUGCUGGUGGUCACCAUCAGAAUAGUGUUUUCCGUUUGCUUUGGUUGGCCUUUGCCUUCUACCCAUCGACAUGACCUCGUCAGAAGCCUCCAGUACCCAAGCCGGCAGUACUCCAUCCGAAGAUCAAAUAGUACUGCGCCUGAUCAUCACCAAAACUCGAUUGAAACCCUCGAACUGGGCCUCGACGAAGCCACCCUGCGCAACUACCCGAAGCUCAUCUACGCCCAGGCCAAGCUUCACAGGGGCGCCGACUCUACCAGCACCGCUUCCAGCUGCUCCAUAUGCUUGGCUGAUUACAAAGAUACGGACGUGUUGCGCUUGUUGCCUCAGUGUGGCCAUCUCUUUCAUCUCAAAUGCGUGGACUCCUGGCUACGGCUCCAUGCUUCCUGUCCGGUGUGUCGGAACUCGCCUCUUGCUGAGGUGAUAGCCGCCCCUUCAACGGGACAGCAUCCUUAAUUAACUGAAACAUUUCGGUUUCAAACAACACAGGUUUUUCUGAGUGUUUUUCUGCUCUAGAAUCUGUACAGAUAUUCCUCAAUGCAAGCUGGUCUUAUAUGAUUGGGUGCUUCUGCACAUGAUUUUGAAUUCAUAAAACAUUUUUUUUCUUA